CGGGGUCACGCCCCCGGCCCAGCCCACUGCCCCUCUGGUGGUCGGUCCGUGGCGGGGUCUGUGCGGCUCCUCAGACACUCUGGUCGAGCCCGAACGCCCCUUGGCUUCCCCCACCCAAGUCCUCUCAGCCAGCACCGCCCCCUCAGCACCCAGCCCCCACCCUGGCUUGUCGCCCCUGGGUGACUUUGGGCCAUUGGCUCCUGGGGCUCCUCGGCCCAGCCUCAGACCUCGCCUCCAGCCUCCCGAAGCCGGACCUCCUUGGGGUCUAUGGGCUCAGUCUCCAAGGACUCGGGUCCCUACCCUGCGCCCCACCUCCCCCUACGCAGCGCGUGGGUAGGGCAGAGUGGGAUGCACUGAGGCCAAAUCCCCCUGGGGACUGGCAUUACCUCCAGCUCGGGCUUUGAUCUCCCGGCCCAGUCCCCUAAGUCCUCACCCCCUUUCUGCUUCCGCCUGCAAGGGGACUGGGGACUGGGGGACCCCCUUCCUCAGCUCGGACACUGACAGUGAGAUGUGUCCCGUUCCCCGGGAGCUGGAAGUGUGGGCAGUGUUUCUGGGUGACCGCGGGAAAACAGGUUUUGUUUUCCCCCAAGUUUCGACUCUCCAGAGACUUACUUUGGGGGUGUGCGAGUUCUCAGGCUCCCAUUCAAUUUCCCUGACCCUGGGAGCAGAGUGCCCCACACUCAGGCUCUCUGGAGUGACAGCUGUGUGACCGUCUGUGGAACAGACCUUGGGAGACUAAACUUUAUAGCCUGAACCCUCCCCAGGGGAGUUUUUGAAGCUGGGUGAGGGCACUGCCACAGAGGAGCAGGCAGCAGUUUGGUGAGGCCGCCCUGGGGCUUGGGUCGGAACCUGUCGUGACGUCAUAAUGGGCCCUUGGCUGGAAUAAUGCCUGGGUUCUACUCUUUCUCCUCGGUGUCCAGGGUUCCUCGGGGUGCCCUCGAAGUUCUGCGAGGUUCUGAUAUGGAAGAAAGGACCCAAUGUCUUGUUUCCAAACCACACAAAGCGCAAUUCCUGACCACAUAAUGUUUAACCUUCUACCUCUACCUCUGGUUUUGCUCCCAGCAGCUGCUGAUUCUUGGCAGAACCCCAGAAGUGAGAGUUGGAAGCUGAUUUUAAAUUCCAUCAUUCCCUUUUAUUGAAGCCAUGCUGUCAGUUCUUCAAACGUUAACUGAUCAUUCCAGCCCCUUGAAGGGUUGUCAGUGGCAUGAAGUCAGUGGUGGACAUGAGAGUUCUUGUGAACACUGUGAAGUAGGAUGUGACCGCAGGGGCUUAGGGCAUUCCAGAGAAUCAACUGCUUUUCCUUUCCACAGUUAAGAGAGUAUCAGCGGAAGAACAGGCCUGGUGGUCCUGCAGGAGGAAAAAAGAAGAAAAACUUUAAAAACGGCAGUAGCCCUGAGACAACCACUUCUCGGGGUUGUCACUCAACUGAGGAUGUGCCCAAAGACCGCACUGCUCCUGCACCACCCUCUGCUGAUGCCACCGUGUUACUUGGCGGUGUAGUGUCCCCUGGCGCUAGUCUAACUAGCAUGGCACCAACUCAGGUUUGCCUCCGUCCUUGUGCCUGCUACCCCUGUAUGCUUGCACCAUCUCCCUUCCCAGAGGACUGUGCCUGCUGUGCCUUCUCUUCUCCUUUCUUCCCGCAGAUUCGUUCCCAAUGCGAGGCACCCUUCCCAGAGGACUGUGCCUGCUGUGCCUUCUCUUCUCCUUUCUUCCGGCAGCUUGGUUCCCAAUAUCCAUGAUGCUGACCAUGGCCCUGUCCUCAUAGAUGAGACCAAGUGAGUGUCUUCCUGUGCGGGCAGCAGUCCCUAAGCCAUGGGAGUGAGGGCAGGCCACGGCCCAAGGACCUCUUUUGCAUCAAGCCCCUGCACCCCUGACCUCUGUGUGCCUGUCCCUAGGACAUUGUCCUCUACGGAGAGCCUGCGUCAACCUGCUCAGCAGCUCCAUGGUCUUGUCUCCGAGUCAACAUCCUACAUCGGUGGAGAGGGCCUCACAUCUUCCUACAUGAAGGAUCUGGAGCUCUGCAUGCUGAGGGAGGAGAAGGAGUGCAACCUGAGUCAGGUGCAGGAGCUGGAGACCACCUUGGCCGAGCUCAAGAGCCAGAUGGCUGAGCCUCCCACCCCAGAGUCCCCAGCUUCCCCCGCGGGGCCAUCGGAGGUGGAACAGCAGCUGCAGGCGCAGGCUGAGCAGCUGCAGAAGGAGCUGGAGAGCCUGGCGGGACAGCUGCAGGCCCAGGUGCAGGACAACGCAGGCCUGAGUCGCCUGAACCAGCAGCAGGAACAGCGGCUGCUGCAGCUGGAGCGGGAGGCGGAGCUGUGGGGCAGCCAGGCUGAGGAGCACAAGCAGAGCGACCGCGUGACCAUCAGCCGUGCACUCCUGCAGAACCGGGAGCUCAAGGAGCAGCUGGCUGAACUGCAGGAUGGCUUCGUGAGACUGAGCAAUGACAACAUGCGGCUCACCCUCUCGCUGCAGGCAGAGCUGCACAUCAAGAAUGAGCUGGCCAGGAAACUCGGCCAGCUGCAGGAGAAGCUGGGGGAGCUGAAGGAAACGAUGGAGCUGAAGAGCCAGGAGGCUCAGGGUCUGCACCAACAGCGCGGCCAGUGCCUGUUCCACCUGCAGCAGCACGUGGCCGCCUACACACAGCUGCACUCUGAGAAGAAGGCGCUACACAAGCAGAACCCUACUGUGCAGCAGCUCAGGAAGCAGCCACAGGAGAUGCAGAGCCCCCAGGAGCGCCCAGGCCUGGGCACCAACCAUUGCAUCCCCUUCUUCUACCGGGCUGACGAGCAUGAUGACAUUAUCGUCUAACACCAGAUGCCGUCAGCCCAGAGAGCCCCAACCCCAUCCUUGCCACUCCACCCCUGCUAGCCACCCUAUCCCCUGCCGUUCCUUCCCAGUUCCCUUCCCUCCUUAGCCAGAACCCCUGAUGGGGAGAGAAAGGCCUCUUUAGGCUGCCUCUCUGGAGGACCCCGGGGGCUCCUGGGGCCUCCUCAUUUCCAGCUCCAUCCUCAGAGGCUGUGACCAACACAGGCAGCAUUUGUGUGGCCCCCAGAACAGCCGAGACCAGGGGGUGCUCAUCCACUUGGGCAAGUCAGCCAGUCAGUUUCAUCGCCCCUCUUGGGGCUAACUGUCAGCCUGGCCAGCAUAAUCUGGCCGGGAACAUCACAUGGGGGCAUCAGCAGGCACAGACAUGAGGGCAUCAGGAGAGGAGGGCAUCUGAGUGAGUGUCAUUGCUGGGUGGGGGCACCCGGGAAAGGGCAUCACUGGGCAGGGGUCACUUCUGGGGCAGGGGCAUCAUCAUGGGCAAGGGUCACUUCCAGGCCAGGGGCAUCAUGGGUAAGGGUAUAUGGGCGAGGAGGGCACAAUAGGAUGAGGGUCCUCUGGGCGAGGGCAGUCCCUUAUUAAGGGAGGCUCCCGGUCCUGAAUCGCAGGGUGGCCUGGGCAAGCUGAGGCUAAUGGGAGGCCGGGUGCUUACCACACGUGGCGCUCAUGGUAGGCCAUGCAUGGUCCAGCUCUUCACUCCAUGCCUGUGCCCCCAGGCAGCCCAGCUG